AUGGAGAACAGCACUGAAGUGAAUGAGUUUAGGCUCAUGGGGCUGACUGACACCCCUGAGCUGCAAAUCCUCCUCUUUGUAACAUUUACCCUCAUUUAUCUCCUCACUCUUAUUGGAAAUGUUGGAAUGAUUGUGUUGAUUGUGUCAGACUCUACUCUCCACACGCCCAUGUACUUCUUCCUGAGUAACCUCUCUCUGGUGGACUGUGUUUACUCUUCAGCUGUUACUCCCAAGGUGAUAGCUGGGUUCCUCUCAGGAGACAAGGUCAUCUCCUAUGGGGGAUGUGUUGCUCAGAUGUUCUUCUUUAUAGCUUUUGCCAGUGUCGAUUGUUUCCUACUUGCUGUCAUGGCAUAUGACCGCCAUGCAGCUGUGUGUAAGCCCUUACAUUAUACCACUACCAUGACUACCACCGUGUGUGCACAAAUGGCAAUAGGAUGCUAUGCCUGGGGCUUUGCUGAAUCUGCCAUCCACACUGGCUUCACCUUCCACCUCUCGUUUUGUGGUUCCAAUGUCGUCCAUCACUUUUUCUGUGACAUCCCUCCAAUCCUGGCUCUCUCUUGCUCUGAUAUCUACAUUAAUGAGAUUGUGCUCUUCGUCUUAGCAUCUUUCAAUGUUUCUUUUGCUCUUUUAGUCAUAUUGUCAUCCUACCUGUUCAUAUUCAUCGCCAUCCUGAGGAUGCGCUCUUCAGAGGGUCGGAAGAAAGCCUUCUCCACUUGUGCUUCACACCUUACUGCUGUGACCAUAUUCUAUGGAACUGUCAUCUUUAUGUAUUUACAACCUAGCUCUAGUCAUUCUAUGGACAGUGAUCAAAUGGCAUCUGUGUUUUAUACAAUAAUAGUUCCCAUGUUGAACCCUAUUGUCUAUAGUCUAAGGAAUAAAGAGGUUAGUAAUGCUUUCAAAAAAGCCAUAGAGAAGAUGAAGACUUUGCUCAACAUAUCAAAUUAA